GCAAACGCAAACGCUGAUACUCUCUCCAGGAUUGACGAAUUACAGGCACCAAACAUAUCACAAACAUCAGGAACAGUAGUUAAAUUAUUAAGAAACAAUACUUAUAAUAUUGAAUGUGAUAAUGGUAAAAUGGUUAAGGCGAGUGUUGCCGCACGUUUUCGAACACCAGUAGUAGAUCAUGGAUAA